AGAGCCGUAAAGGCAGUUAUUAAAAAAAAAUUUGUUUAUUUGGUUUUGUGGUUUUUAAGGGAAGAAUGAAUUAAAUUAAAGAAAGUUUGUACUAAACUAUAUUGUGUUUGAAUAAAGAAAUCAAAAAGCAAAACAUGUUUCAGAUUUUAAUAAUAUUUAUACUCGGAUCGACAAUGGUGAUUAACUGCGAAGGAAAUACGACUUUCGCACAAGAUGAGUUUAAAUGUUCAUUACCUGAUGUCACUAGUAUAGAUGAUAAUUUGGACAUCACACGAUUUAGAUCUGAUUUUUCCAAAAUAUCUGAGGUGAAAUUUCCUGGACUAAUUGGUCCAUUAAAUGAAAGAUUAAUAUGUAAGAUUAAGUGCAUUGAUGGAAAUUGGGUUGGUCCUUUAUGCUCAUCUACACCAGAUGGCAGAUUCCAGCCAAUCUUGCGAGAAUGUUUAUAUCGCAAUGAUUAUCCACUACUGUCAAUUUCAUUCAAAAACUCUUCUAUAGACAAAGAGACAUACUUCCCUCAUGGUUCAUUAGUUGUAUCAAAAUGUAAACACUUUGGAUUAUACAAAUUAAAAGGUGAAAGCCAAGUGCGAUGUGAAAAUGGAGAAUGGAGCCCGAAAUUCCCUGAAUGUGUGCCAACCUCACUUAUUACUAACUUUACAGGUGAUGCACCGCCAUCCAUUCAAUAUGUUGUUGUAAGUGGUUCAGCAGUAGUGGAGCCUUCAGGAGAAUUGUUUGUUUAUCCUGAAAGUACACUGUGGCUAGAUUGCAUUGUGCUAUGUGCAUUGGGAGACCCUGAAUGGAGUUGGACGCAAGCUCUAGGACAACACAGUGCUGCGUGGGCUAAAAACGAUGGUGAGAAAGAGACACAUUAUCGCCUGACCUUAACCAAAAUGUCUGCGCGUCACAGCGACCAGUAUACAUGCACAUCGCCUGGUGGACACACAAACACCAUAACAAUUAAAGUUGUUAGUGUAGUAUGUCCACCCAUAAAUGUGUCUUCGCCGCGAAUCCGAUUGUUCGCACAAGGCUGGAGGCUCGGUCAUUCGGUUCACUUCAGCUGUCAGCCUGGAUUUCAUCUAAAUGGCUCUGCUGUACUCAACUGCAUGGGAAAUGGAAAAUGGUCUUCAUUGCCUCCAACUUGUGUGGAAACCUUUUGUCCAAUGCUGAGAACCUUAGGACCCCACUUGAGCUUGGUGGAAUACAAUUCGUCGUAUGGUGGUCGUGCUGUGUUCCAAUGUGCUUGGGGCUAUAGGCUCGUGGGACCACCGGGGCUGGAGUGUGAACUGGACGGCCGCUGGUCAGGAGACAUACCACAUUGCAUACCCAUUUAUUGUCCUAAUGCAAUAGUACCGGAAAAUGCCCGACUACUCACGCAGGUCUCCGCAAGGAAUGGAAAGUAUGCCGUGGGUGACUUGAUUACCUAUGGUUGUGAUGAUGGAUAUCAAGUUUUAGGUGAAUCUUCGAUUGUGUGCACUGAAAACGGUUUUUGGUCUCAUCCCCCACCAUUUUGCCUCCCUCCUUCAGAAAUAAGAAAAACAGAUACUAUCUUUAUAGAAAAUACAACUUUUGUUCAUAUUGAAGACUAAAUUUAAUUUAUUUGUUUUAAUUUAUGUUUUAUUUGUAAGAGUAACCACACAAUGUUUAUACUAUUACAAACCUAUGAAACACUUUUUAGAGUAAAUGAAAAGAAUCAACAAAGAAAUAAAUUGUAUAUUGUUUUGUCACUUUAUAAUCGAUAAUGUAGAUUUGUAAUUCUCACUAUCCCGUUCUAUCUAUCUAAACCAUCCAUUACUUAACGUGGGUGGGUCUCUAUCACUGUAGAGAGAAUUUUUCAUAAUCGCCACGUUUAACAGGCGCUAAUCUACCUCGCACUUUUAACAAAGAGUGUAUAUUGGUAAACUAGCUCCGAAAUGAAAUUCUGCGAUCUUUACUAUUACAAGUUUGAUUGACUUUACUGAUAAAACAACAGCUAAAUUAUUUGGCUUACUCUCACAGCAUCAUGCCCUAUAUUGUAUUACUGUGGCGAUCUGCAGCCGAAACGGAAACAAUAUUUAUUUUGCAGUAACAAGAGAUUAGGUGUAAUCUCCAUAACUUGAGGCCUAGCGAGUCGUGCCCUUUUCAAAGAGUCUAAUGUUUUAUUACUUCCGUUGAUGUUUAUUUUAAAAUUUUAUUUCUCCUGUAAAACGGCUCGAGAUGAUACGUUAGGGCAGGGAUCACCAAUUAGUUCAAUUGUGGGUCCGUUUAAAAAUUAUAUAAAUCUGCCGCGGUCCGUUUGCUACAUAAUGUCGAGCAACCGAGAUUUAAAAUGUUAAUUACAAUAUAAAACGAAAAAAAUUCAGAAUAUUUUUUUAUUAAGGAUAUAUCUAAUCAAAAAAUAACAAAGUAAGUAUCCAAUAUUAAGGUGAAAAAUGGCAUUUUUUAAUGUGAACAAUCUGUCUGAAUUCUAGAAUUAAGUUGGUGCAAGCUAUUGCCAUUAAAGCUUGGAGAUGGUCGUUGGUAACACGAGAUCAAAAUUUAUCUAUACAAAUAAAAUAAAAUUGAAGUGUCUGUUUGUAAUGUCAAAAUUACAGCUUUUUACAAAAUUGAUAUGAAAGUAUAUAUACGGUACUAAUAACAAAAAUACAAUUUUUAAAGUUUUUAUCUGUCUGUUUGUUCCGACUAAUCUCCGAAACGGCUGGACCGAUUUUGAUGGGACUGGCAGAUAGCUGAUGUCACAAUGAGUAACUUAGGCUAGUUUUGUUUUAGAAAAAGAAUUAGGGUCCCGCGGAAAAGAAAUUAAAACUCCAAAUAACACGCGGACGAAGUAGCGAGGAACAGCUAGUUUUUAAAUAAGUUUAUCUUGGAAAAGGCUUCUUCACAAAUAUAUGUUGGUCCAAACACUGUACAAAGAUUAAAAGGUCAGUUCUGGGUUACCACACACUAAUUUUAUAUUUCUAUUACUAUUACUCUUAAUAUUAUUCUUGGAAAAGAAGUUCCGACUUAUUGUGUAUUAAACUUGUUUAAAUUUUUACCUUGAUAUUCUUUAGUUUCUUCUGGUUCCGCACAAAAUAGUUUGGCGGUCCGGAUUCGGUCCGCCAUUUGGUGUCCCCUGCGCUAGGGGUUCCUAAAUUUAGAUAAAAGUAUAAAGUUAUUUUUUUAGAGCAUAAGCAUAAAAUUUUAAAACCUUUAGUAACGAGCAUAAACGGGGAAGAAGUUCAAGUUCAGUCAGUAUACCUCAGUUAGCUCUCUCAGUCAGUGUUUUAGUAAAUGCAGUCCACUUACUCUCUCUCCGUCCUUUUCAAUUGUUAUCAAAUAAAUAGAACAAAACAUACAGUGUAAAAAGCAAUAUUUUGAGGACCUUGAUUUUUUUUAGUUCUUUUUAAUCGGCUUUUUUUCAUUGGACUAAGAAAUAUUAGGCUUAAGGUAUAUACUAGAAUCUCUUCUUAUUAGUUACAUUAAAUACUUCAUUCCUUAUUUUCUGUCCUUAGUAGUAGAAUUUUUUUCCAAAUUUAUAUGGGAUCACCCCUGAACCUAUUAAUAAAAUAAUUAUGAAAAUCGGUUCACAAUUAACGUAGAUAUCGCGUAACAAACAGAAAAGCAUACAUAAUCGAAUUUAAGUCGGGAAAAAUGUUCUCUUUUGACGCUACCUUUUUUUUGCACUGGACCUUUUCCUUAGUCAUGUGGUUUGAGUGAUUACUUAGUACGAGGCGAUUGGAAAUGCCAGAAAAGUCUCACGGCUUCCGUCAGAUGGCAGUAUAGCAAAACCGGUCUGUGUAUGUGCGUCAAAGGCGCAAGACGUCUUGCCAAUCAUGGCAAUUGUCGCAAAUUCUCCCUACAGUGGUCCAGCAGUGUAAAAUUACGGCCUGAUAAAGAAAAAUUUAGCUAUGUAUAUUCAGUCAGUUUUAAAUUUACUUUGUUAAUGUUACGUUAAGUAUAUUAUAAUAUUGUUCAUAAUUUAUUAUUCUAGACAGAAAUUCUGUAAACAUAUCAGUAUUUUUAAGUAUUGUUUUAUUAAAUUCUAGUUAAUUUUUUUAUAACUAGUUAUCUGCAAUUGUAAGAAAGUUAAAUGGAAAAAAUAACAGCGUGUAAAAGCCCUUUUUUCUAUUACUAUUUCUAAGGGUGAUAAUCUGUAUUACAGUUUGUUAUUAUACAAUAUGUCGUAACAAACACCCUAUCUGACCCAAAAGGGGGACAUAGCAUAGGUACCGCAAUGUUAUUUAAAAAAAUUACAUAAUGUAAAACAUAUUAUUAAUAAAUAUAUUAAAAUGUUAUUGUUAAUUG